AUGUCCGUUUACGUAGCAAACCACCACUCUUCCGUGCUGAAAAUGCACUCCUGGCGCACCGCCCAAAACUCCAUCCCCUACCUCCUGCCCUCCAUCAAACCAGACAUGAAGAUCCUCGAUGUUGGGUGCGGGCCGGGCACCAUCGCCGUAGAUCUCGCCAAGCUCGUGCCAUCGGGGCACCUCACCGGCGUUGAAUACCUCGCUGCGCCGCUCGAGGCGGCGCGGUCCCACGCCGCCCGCGAGCAGGUGCAGAAUAUCGACUUCCGCGUCGGGGAUGUGCACGCGCUGGAGUUCGCGGACGGGAGCUUCGACGUCGUGCACGCGCACCAGGUGUUGCAGCACGUCCGGGAUCCGGUGCAGGGCCUGAGGGAGAUGCGCAGGGUGGCUAGGAAGGGAGGCAUCGUGGCCCUGAGGGAGAGUGCGAGCAUGACCUGGUAUCCUGACAUGCCGGUCCUGAGGGAGUGGAAGGAUUUGCAUAUGCGCGUCUCGAAGGCGCGAGGGGGCAAUCCGGACCCGGGCUCGUGA